AUGCCAAAACAAUAUGCUUUCAUACUCCAUCUUAUCAUGGGCAGUACUGUCAUACUCACAGAAGCUACACCAUCCUUCCGAUCAGGUUUGUAGUGAUAAUUGGUAGUGUUUUUAAUAUAAAAAGAUGAUACAAAUAUGCUGGACUGAGACGAAUAAGGAACUAUGAGAUUAAUAACUUUAAAAAAUAGAGAAAAUAAAAAAGGGCUUACCUUGUUCACUUGAUUAUUUUUCUUACCUUAUUCAGGUAAGAAGAAUAUCUGGUUGGUUCUGAAAUGCACAACAUUUCUGUCUCCUCCUCCUCCACCUCCUCCGUUUCCUCCAUCGACACGGACAUCUGCCCUACUGGUAAUGGACAUAGCAAACAGCACAUAAACAAUUAAGACUAUGUUGGUUUACAGUGUAACAUGCAAGUUAGAUGUCUGUCAUAUGUUCUUGCUGACUGUUGUUUCAGGUUGAUAUAACUGAACAUCUCAGGGGACCAAAGGGUGAAAAGGUAGUACUGGCUUGAUUUCUAUAUACUGCAACUGAUAAUAAUAAUAAUCAUCAUUUUUAUUAAGUUAUUAUUUAUGCAGUUAAUUUUCACGGUUUCUCUUUAAAGGGCUGCAAAGGACCAAAGGGUCAGAUGGUACGAAUAUAUACAUUAUAAUAAAAAAGAAUACAUAUGAUUUAUAUGAGACUUUUUAUAAUGACACUAGAAUGCAUCAGAAAGACACACUCAGGAGUGGGGCAGUUAUGUGACUGGACAUUGUCUUGCAGGGUCGACCCGGUCAAAAGGGAGAAGAGGCAACCCAAGGUUCCCCUGGUGUGAUAGGACCCAUAGGCCAAAAGGUCAGUGACACAAUCUCAAAUGAAAUUGGGCUCCAUUUCUGGUAUAUAAGUUGUGGUUUGUUUAAUGGAUCGGUAUAGAGAGUGCUACAGGUAUCCAAAAUAAGUUUUAGUUCGUCUUUACUUGUCGCUAGGGAGAGAAGGGGGACAGAGGCUGGCGUGGUUUAUUCGGUGACAUUGGCACACCUGGAACACAUGAGGUAAAUUAUCCACAUAAUAACUAAUGCUGUGUUCUACCGGUAUAUUUCACGCUGCUUUUACAACAAAUGUACAUGUAUGUUUUUACAGGGUACUCAAGGACGCACUGGUUCAAAAGUAAGCUUUUACUGCUAUAAUAAUUCAUUGUAUAACAAAUAAUAUACUUAACACAAUAAUGGUGUAUGUCUAGCGGCACGCAAACUAAAAUGACACAUGAAAAUGUGAUGUUUAUGAUAUAAACAGGGCGAGAAGGGACUGAAAGGUGACCCAGGACAAAAAGGUAGAAAGGUGAGUUGUCAAUCAAGUUUCAAUCACAACGUCACAUGUACUUUUACUCAACCCUCAACCUGUGUGUUAUUUAACAGGGUUCCACUGGAAAGCCUGGUCUCCAUGGACAGAAGGUGAAUGAAUACAUUUACAUUUUAGUAAUUUAGCAGACGCUCUUAUCCAGAGCGACUUACAGUUAGUGAGUGCAUACAUUUUUCAUACUGGCCCCCCGUGGGAAUCGAACCCACAACCCUGGCGUUGCAAGCGCCAUGCUCUACCAACUGAGCUACAGGAGGCCUACAGAAUAGCCGGCAUUCUCUUACAUUAAGUACUAAAGAUGCUGAAACAAACCCCUUAGCCAGCAAACUUGGAAUUUGGAGAAAUGCCAAUGAACAGCAAUCAUUGAAAACAUCUAAUUGAAGAAGCAUUUUGUGGCCAAUUUUAAUGAUUACAUUUUUGAUUAUAUAUUUGUAUGCUUAAUGGUUUAGGGUGACCGAGGACUAAAAGGAUACACUGGAUUGCAAGGACUGGAUGGACCUAGGGGAGCUCCCGGGCAUAGAGGGACAAUGGUAAAGUGCCUCUGUAGCCUACAGCUUUCUCUGAAAAUAAUUAAUUUGGCAAUAAUGAUGAACUAUCUUUCAUUUUCAAAGGUUAGACUAAACAAACUUCCUUUGAUGUUGUUCUGCACUACUCCAUAUUGUAUUUAGGGAAUAAAAGGUAGUCGUGGACCGCAUGGGUUAGCUGGAUAUCAUGGAGUUGUGGGCAAACAGGGCACAACAGGAGAAACUGGUGCUCCAGGGGAAGGUUAAGUAUAUUAUUGAUAUCAUGUAUCGUAUGUACCCUGAAUAUACAAAACAUUAAGAACACCUGCUCUUUCCAUGACAGAGACUGCAACUCAAUAUUAGGAAGGUGUUCCUAAUGUUUGGUAUACUAAGUGUAUAUCAAUACAUUAUUAUGUAGGCCUACAGUGCCGUGAAAAAGCAUUUGCCCCCUUUCUGAUUUUCUCUAUUUUUGCAUAUUUUUUAUACUGAAUGUUAUCAGAUUUUCAACCAAAACCUAAUAUUAGAUAAAGGGAACCUGAGUUGACAAAUAACAAAAAAAAAAGUAUACUUAUUUUAUUUAUUUAAUUAGCAAAGUUAUGCAACACCCAAUUCCCCUGUGUGAAAAAGUAAAUGCCCCCUUACACUCAAUAGCUGGUUGUGUCACCAAAUGCUUCCUGUAGUUGUUGAUCAGUCUCUCACAUCGCUGUGGACGAAUUUUGGCCCACUCUUGCAUGCAGAGCUGCUUUAACUCAGCGACAUUUGUGUGUUUUCAAGCAUGAACUGCUCAUUUCAAGUCCUGCCACAACAUCUCAAUUGGGAUUAGGUCUGGACUUUAACUAGGCCAUUCCAAAACUUCAGAUUUGCUGCUUUUUAGCCAUUUUCAUGUAGACUUGAUUGUGUGUUUUAGAUCAUUGUCUUGCUGCAUGACCCAGCUGCGCUUCAGCUUCAGCUCACAGACGGAUGGCCUGACAUUCUCCUGUAGAAUUCUCUGAUACAGAGCAGAAUUCAUGGUUCCUUCUAUUAAGGCAAGUCAUCCAGGUCCUGGGGCAGAAAAGCAUCCCCAAACCAUCACACUUCCACCACCAAGCUUGACCGUUGGUAUGAGGUUCUUACUGUGGAAUGCAGUGUUUGGUUUUUGCCAGGCAUAACGGGACCCAUGUCGUCCAAAAAGUUGACUCAAGUUUGCCAAAAAGCACCUGGAAGCACCUAGAUGAUCAUCAAGACUUUUGGAAGAAUGUUCUAUGGACAGAUGAGUCAAAAGUAUAACUUGGGUUCCUGUUAUUGAGUGUAAGGGGGAAAUUACUUUUUCACACAGGGGCAUUGGCUGUUGCAUAACUUUGUUUAUGAAAUAAGUAUGUAAUUGUUGUGUUAUUUGAUCACUCAGGUUCCUAUUAUCUAAUAUUAGGUUUUGGAUAAAGAUUUGAUAACAUUCAGUAUCAUACAUAUGCAAAAGUGGAGAAAAUUAGAAAGGGUGCAAAUACUUUUUCACGGCACUAUAUAUACAAUAUUCUGAGUAUAAAUUAUAUAUUAUGAGAUAUUAUGUCAACAGCUACUGAUGUAGCUGAUUUUAGCCAGUUGUAUAUGAUUAAAAAACGUUAUUGUGUUUUUUUUCUAGUAUAUGUUUUUCCAGGACACAGAGGAGAGAAAGGUCAUAAAGGACCUUCUGUCUUUUGUAACUGUUCUUCAGCAAAUUCCUUCAAGCCAAACCCUGGCACAGGAAGAUAUAAUGAUGAUAAGGCCGUAUCUGUAAGUGUAUAGUAAGAAAAUCACUUUUCUAUGCUUGAAUAACAUCAUGAUGUUUGGGUGAUAUCAAACAUCUUAAUCAUUUAAUAAUGUGAUCACUUUUUUAACCUCUUUGAACCUUCCGUUGAAUACCUUUUUUAACCUUUUUAUUCUUGAACAAUAGAUUUACAUUGUGAAUGGUGAGAGCGAGAUGUCGGAGUUAAGAUCUGAAAAUGUAAUGGUCCUGAGGAGAGAUACUCGCAUGCUGUUCGUCUACAGUGGCUCUGAAUGGAUUGAUGUUAUGGCUCAGGUAAACAUGCACUGAUGUUUUAGUACGUAUGACACGCUUAGGCUACAUUUGGAAAAGUGUCCAUGUCUGCAUCCCAAAUGGCACCCUAUUUCCUAUAGUGUACUACUUUUGACCAGGGCACUUAUGUGUUGUGACACUAGGACUACUACCCCAUAGGGUUCUAGUCAAAAGUAGUGCAAUAUAGGGAAUAGGGUGCCAUUUGAGCUACACCCCUGUUUUUUCACAAUGUUUUGUCUAAUCUCAUUGUUUUCCUAUUGAACACACUCUUGGUGUUGGCGACAGAACAAACAACCCACUGCAUCUGCUCUGUGACCACCCUCCUGCAAGAAGCACCC